AUGGCCGACAAUCAUCUGGGACCAUUGCUACGGCUCUGGGGCAUCUCGGUCAGCCAGCUGCCGCCCUUGGAGGCCAGCGCUGAUGACAUUGCGCCAUUCCUGCUGGCGCUGCUGCAGGAGGCCGUGGCUUUUGUCGACACGGUCGACGACAGGAUGCCAACGGCAUUGUGGAAGCCAACACACAGCAAGAUAUUCCGUGGGAAGGAAGCCGGCGGUGCUGGCAAAAAGGACAAAGUACAGGUCAACAUACUGCGUCGUCGCGUAUCUGCGGAUAGACUCAAGAUGGUGGCAGCCACACGAACAGCGGCCCUGGGCGGCGUGCUGGCAGCCAACGCGGUCCAAACAAUUCUGCCAGGCAAGAACAAGAAGCUAGAGUUCAGCCCAUCCUCGGAGACCUGGUUCUGUCGCCGCUCGCGCCACCCCAAUGCUGCUAUGGCCGGCACGGCCUCGUGGACCGAGUUUCGCACUUAUCUCAAGGACAACCACGCUGCCUCGGAGGAUGACAUGACGGACAACAUCACGGGUGCACGUGAGGCGCUCGUCUGGCCUGCCGCCGGCCUCGCCCUGCAGGGCGCCGAGGAGGGCGGCCGCCGCUGGUCUAACUUCCCGCUGGGAGUGUACGAGAUCCGGCAUAAGCUGAGCAAACCCUUGCACACCCGCGUCUUUCCCGUGCUGCAGAUGACGUGUGCGGCCGUCAGUGGUGGCAGUGGCAGCGAAGGUGAGGACCAGAUCCAGAACGGCAACGACGAACUACUGGUCCCCGAGUUUCUCGUCGUCAGCGUUACCGUGAACAACUUUGCCACGGCGCCCAUGCCUGGAGAGGAUGCCACCGAUGUUGCUUUGCGGCUGAGCAGCCAGCCGGGCGUUGUCUUGGGCUUCUAUGCAAGCGUCGAGCGCGUCCGGCUGCUUCCCACAGGCGCGGGUGAUAACCGCGGCACCGGACUCGUCGAAUGGGUCAUGGCCACGACGUCUAAUGCCCGUGGCGCACUGCCGUCCAUGGUCCAAGAAUUAGCUAUCCCGGGAGAGAUCUCAAAGGACGUCCCGCUGUUCUUCCGGUGGUUGCAGAACCGCCCACGUUUGGACGAUCCUCUGGAACCGGCCGCGGCUGCUACCGAGAAUCUGCCUCAAGCAGCAGAGCCAGCUGCCUUCCCUUUCCCACUCAUGGAUGCAGAUCUAGCAGCAGCAGAACCUAUAUUAACGCCUACAGCAGCACCUACAAUAGCACCUACAGCAACACCGCCGCCACUCAUAGCUCCGGCGGAUACGCACCCAUAG